UGGGGGAGGGGAGCGCGGAGCCGACAGUUUCAGGGCAAAAAAGCAAAAGGCGGGCGCAGGGCUGCCUUCCGAGGCUCUCUUUGCUUGCAGUUCCUCCCGCUUUGCUGAAUUGGGAGUCGCGACCUCCGGCACAGAACUGCAAUAUGCUAACACCGUGAUGCGCUUCGAUUAUGUCUGGCUUCGAGACCACUGCCGCUCAGCAUCUUGCUACAACUCUAAGACUCACCAGCGCAGCCUAGACACUGCCACUGUGGAUUUAUGUAUCCAGCCAAAGACCAUUCGUCUGGAUGAGACCACAUUCUUUUUCACUUGGCCAGAUGGUCAUGUGACUAGAUAUGAUUUGGAUUGGCUGGUGAAAAACAGCUAUGAAGGGCAGAAACAAAAGGUCAUCCAGCCUAGAAUCUUAUGGAAUGCUGAAAUCUACCAGCAAGCCCAAGUUCCAUCUGUACAUUUCCAGAGCUUCUUAGAAACCAGGGAGGGACUGAAGAACUUUCUACAAAACUUUCUGCUCUAUGGAAUUGCUUUUGUAGAAAAUGUCCCUCCUAAUCAGGAACACACAGAGAAGUUGGCAGAAAGGAUCAGCUUGAUCAGAGAAACCAUCUAUGGGAGGAUGUGGUAUUUCACUUCAGACUUCUCCAGGGGUGACACUGCGUACACCAAGCUAGCUCUGGAUCGGCACACUGACACUACCUAUUUUCAAGAGCCCUGUGGGUACAACAACUAUGACCGGGCUGUCAUCAAUACCGUACCUUAUGAUGUUGUCCAUCGUUGGUAUACAGCACACCGGACUCACGAGUUGAGGAAACCUGAGAAUGAGUUUUGGGUCAAACUAAAGCCUGGCAGGGUGGGUCCCAAACUCGAAAGAUGUCAAGUCCUAUUUAUAGACAACUGGUGCGUCCUACAUGGCAGGGAAUCCUUCACUGGCUACCGCCAACUCUGUGGCUGCUCUUUAACAAGGGAUGAUGUAUUAAACACUGCUCAUCUCUUGGGUCUUCAGGCUUAAAAUUGACAGCAUUGAUAUUAUGAACACACGUGACAGCCUGGCUACCAGAAUUCAUAUCAGCAGAAUAAUAUUGGGUCAAUACCGACUUCAAAUUGUCUCCUUACCUCAUCACACAGAACAAAAGCUUCCCCUUUCUCUAAUAGGGAAAACCUUGGAGAGAGGCUUCUGAGAUAGCCAAUGUCAGCCAUCUAGUAUGGUAGCUUUCUUCCCCAAGUUAUAACAUGGACUCAUUUGGUUUUUGGACCUUUUGAUGUAAUUGUGGUCAAUCUGCUUCAGAAAUAUAAUCACCACAUUGAUAGAGAAACAAUAAUAGUCACUAGGUAAAAAUAUGUUUCAACGGGAUUUGUUAAAAAGAAAUGCAUUCUAGGAAUAACAGUCUUAAUAGGGCAGAGAUUUGCAACAUUUUUGGUCUUAAGACACCUAAUCAUUCUUAAAAAUUAUUGAGGACCCCAAAGAGUGCUUGGAUGUGGGUCGUAUCUAUUGCUACUAAUUGUAUGAGAUAUUAAAACUUAGAAAUGUUUAAAAUUUAAGGACAAAAAAGCACACAUCCAUCAGCUAUCAGAGAGAUGACAUCAUCACAUGUCAUGUAGCCUCUGGAAAAGUCUUCUGUACAUUCAUCAGAUAAUUCAAGUGAAAAAGGCAAUAUCAUCUUAAUGUUGUUAUUAAAAUUGUUUUUAAUACACAGACCCACUAAAUGGAUCUCAUGGACUGCUCCAGGUGUCUUUAGACCACACUUUGAGAACCAGUGUGCUAGAGGAUACCUUGGAACAGUGCUUUACAUAGGCCUAUGGAUUAAAGAGUUUAACUGGAACCCUAAAUUUUUCCUCUAUGGUCUCCUAGAACUACAGAUAUUGUAGGAAUUGCUUCAUAUCACAAACUCAGUGAUAAUGUGGGAACUGAAUACAGAGUGUUUUAUCUUGUGAGAAGAGUUAUCUCUAUCUAAGUCAUCUUUUGAGAAGUAAAACUAAGAAGUCACAAUAGCUCCUGUGAAACAAACCCAUCAGUUUGGUAAUUCUGUGAGGGAUAAUUGCAGAAAUUUUUUAGACGUUUCUGAGGUUCCAUAUAGUAAUUCACAUGCACAUGCGUGUGUGCAUACACACAAAACACAACAGAGGGUACAGAGGGUUAGUCUCUAAGAUUGUUCAGGGAAUUCAUCACAAUCGAUAAAGUGCCUCCAAAGAACUGGGGAUUACUAUCCAAACUUGCAUUUUGGCUUUUGAUGGAAUUUAGGAUACAAUCUGUUUUCCUCCAUUUCUGCUAAUCUUUUUUUUCCUUUUUUUCCCUAUCUUAAAGUAUUAUACAUGGUAAUUGCCAAGAUUUGACUGGGUUAAGUAUAAUACCUUGUUUCUUUUAUUUUUUUAAUGGCUUUCCUUUAUAUGUGGAGAGAGAGAGAGGGAAAGAGAGACAGAGAUAGAGAGAGACAGAGAGAUAGGUGUGAGGUUUAUUUUCCCUUGGCUUUCACUGAAAGAGAAGCUGUACAAUAACCACAUUGACUGCUAUAAAAUGAUGAAAGACAGUCUAGGCUAGGAUGUGCACAAGAGGGAAAAAGCAUUAUUAGUGAGGCUAGGAGUCAAAAAUCAAAGAAAAGUCAGUAUUCUGACAGAGAAUAGAGCGUAAUCUGAUGUUUUCAGCAAGUUCCUAGUUCACGUUUAAUAGUUUAUGCAUUAUUUUAUUGACCCACCCAGUGCUCCAAAAUAUGUUCUCAAAUAUUUCUGCAUUUUAAUUGUACUAUAUGUGAAUCUUUGGGGGUCUUCCAUGAAAUGUGUUUUCCUCUUAGGUCAAAGGAUUGAUAAUUAAGUUCUCGUCUUAAAGAGUAUACCCUUUAGCAAUUAGAAUAGAAGUAACAUUUUAACAUACCGCCUUUUCUCUGUACUAUUAUGUUCUCUUAAAAUAUGUUACCAUUCAUUAGUCUUCAUCAGGAUAUUUACCUUUUUUGAAGUUUUGCCUAAAUUAGCCUUGAAAAUUACACUAUAACUGAGGUCAGCAUUGCUUUAUGACAAGGAAAGAACAAAUUCAUGGCCCUGGAGAGAUAAGGACAUAGAUCAAUCUUCUCCCUUACUGAAGGACUCCCUUUACCUUCUGUCUUCCCUGGGAUGUUGAUUCAUUAAUUAUUUCAUCCUCAUGUUCCUAAAUUUUCAAUCAAUACUUUUCUACAGUAUACUCUCCUCAGAGGAAGAAAGAGGAAAAGGAAUUAUUUGAGUGUUGAUCAUGGUCAUUGACAACUUUCUAUGUGAGAGAUUUCUUUUUCACAUCUCUUUCUGGUGUCUCUGAAAAUGUAAGCAUGGGUGUGUGUCAACCAAGCUCACUGUAGAGUCACUUUUAGCUUUUGCUAUAGUGGGAUGGGAUCAGUGGAGAGUCAAGAGCACAGCACCUAAUAUGGUGUAAUAGCACCCCACAUAAUCAUUUCAUAAUAUGGAUUUGUUGUAAUGAGAAUAAAUUAAUGAAUUCUUUUCAAACAAACUCACCAGAAAAUAUCACAUUCUCAGUAUGUCUUUUUGUUUGGCAGUUAACUGGCGCUGAAUUUUGUUCACCUUCAUCUAGAGAGACCAAGCAUUCAAGUGUGUGCAAACUGAGAGGGGUUUCCUGGGCUGCAGAACUUACAGUUUUAAAACUGGGAAAGUCCCACGCAAAUCAUGACCGUUGGUCCUACCUUCUUGCUGCUAUAGCUGCAUUUUGCUCUUCAGUUUUCUCUUCUUCGGUUUAAAAUGAAGGCCUUGGACUAAGUAGCAUCUAAAGGCUGUGCCAUUCUGUAAUUUUGUUUGGCCUCUCAUUGCUUAAGUUUUCUUAUAUGGGUACAGUAAGGAAAAUACCUACUUUACAGGAUUUUGUGACAAGUUUCUGAUUAUUAACAAAGACGUUUGUGGCACAUAAUAAUGACCAAUAAUAAUAGCUAACUCUUACACAGUGCUUGCUAUGUGCCAGACAUAGUUGUAAGUGAUUUUAAUUCCCACAGCAACCCUAUCCCCAUUUUAGAAAUAAACGGAUACAGGCAAUGAGAGAUUAAGUGGCUUACCCAAGAUCACAUAGCUAAGUAAGUGUCCGAGUUUGGAUUAGAACCUUCACAGUCUGGCCACAGAGACAAUGCUUUAAAGUAACUUGCCAUAUUGCCCAAUAAAUGUUAACUCCUACCCCCCUUUCCCAUACUUACACAGUCUAGCUAACCAAUCAUAGAUAAUAAUCAUCUCCACUUUCACAGUCUUUCCUAAAACAUCUUAAAAGAACCAUGAGAAUAUCUACAUUUGUUUUGCAAAUAGUCUGCAAACAUCCACAAACACCCCCCCCCCAACUUUCUAAAAACUAUUCUUCACUUUCUCUAAUUUUACCUCUUUCAAAGUUGGAACCUUGAUGAUAGAAGGAAAUCAAUCAACCUAUUCAGCAUAUUUCCUUCUUACCACAAUCUUGCAAAAUACCAGUCAGCUGUUAAGAUCAAAAGCACCUUACAGGACCUAUUCACAUCACUGCCCCAGGAAGCUCUUGGGCAUAUUGGAUAUCCACUCACAGAGCCAGCUGAUGGCUUGGCUCAGCUCCUAGUUGUGAGGUCAGCCUGUGUCCUCACCUCUUCAAGAUUGCAGCUCACCAGAGCCAAAGAUGCUGGGGGAUUUGGUAGUAGCUCUUUUUUUCCUGAUUUACAUUCAGGGGUUGGUGGGUUGGUGGGUAAUUCCAUCCUGGUUCUUGGCCUUAGGCAGUGAGCUUCCAUCUUGCUCACAGACACCACUGUUUGCUUCCAGUGCAGCAAAAGCCUGCUGCUUCAGCACAGAGACAAUUAUCCUUUUGUGUGUAUGUUGACCAUUCCUUUUUUAUUUUACCUUUUUAUAUUUUGCCAUCAUUGCUGUGUGUUUGGAGCACAGCAUGAGCUUACUGUAACAUCUUGAAUGGAAAUCUUUUCCAUAUCGAUAUGAUUCUUCCCUCAUUCCCUAAAUUGCGUUUGCAAAGUAUGACUGCACACUUUCUUGAUGGAUCAGGCUCAUCGCUAUCAUGUCUGUUUUUGUGCCAGACUAUGAAACAGUAUAAAGUCUUAGCUUGAUUAACGGAAUCCAAGCUUCCUUUCUCGAAAAAACUAAUCAAACAUCUCUUACAAUUGUGAUACAUUGUCUUAAGCCAUGUAGGUGUGUAUUAUAUUGAUUAAUAGUGGUGUUCUAACUUACUUUCUAUGUGGGUGGAUAAGCAUGGUAAUUUAUCGUGUGCACAAGUGAAGAUCGCAAGGGUCAAUGCUAUGCAAACCUUUGAAGGCUUUUCUCUGUUAGCCCCAUCAUUUAUCUACGGUCUACCCUUUGCCCCAUUGAUAAUGGUUAACUCCCUCCAAUUCAGGUACUCAGCGUCCUCUCACCUUCUGCUUUCUAGCUCCCUCUCUGAUACCUUGACUGAGGCAGCAUAGUGUUGU